AUGGUUCUCUCGAAGCCCGAGGACGCGCCUGUGCAAAAUCUGUUUGACCUAACCGGAAAGGUUAUCGCAAUUACCGGUGGCGCAGGCGGAAUUGGUCUCUCUGUGGCCACCGCAUAUGCCGAGGCUGGCGCCAAGAUUGCCAUUCUUUACCGCACCGCUGCAACCGCACCCCAAACUGCACAACAGAUUGCUUCGAAAUAUCAGACGCAAUGUCGCGCAUACCAGGCCGAUGUGACUGUCCCGACCCAAAUCUCAGCCGCCAUCGACAGUGUCGUUAAUGAUUUUGGAAAGCUGGAUGUUGUUGUUGCCAAUGCGGGUAUUUGCUCGGAGCACGCGGCCGAGCAGUACACGCCGGAAGAGUUUCAGGAGAUCAUGGCUGUCAACGUCAAUGGCGCCUUCCACACUGCCCAGGCUGCCGCAAAGAUAUUCAAACGACAGGAGUUUGGCAACAUUGUUUUCACUGCUUCCGUCAGCGCAACACUCGUGAACACGCCGCAAAGACAGGCUGCGUACAAUGCAUCGAAGGCCGGAGUUUUGCAACUAGCCAAGUCCCUGGCGGUUGAAUGGGUGGACUUUUGCCGCGUCAACUGUGUCUCGCCAGGCUAUAUCCAGACUCAGAUCAUGGAGUACGCCUCCAAGGAGGUGCUUGACAAGUGGCUGGAGCAAAUUCCUGCUCGUCGCUUCGCUUCUCCAUACGAGCUGAAGGGGGUAUAUCUCUUCUGCGCCUCGGACGCAUCUAGUUACAUGACAGGGUCAAACCUGGUGGUAGACGGAGGAUUCACCCUGCCGUAA